UUCACUCUUCUGCUGCUCACACUGCUCUGCUAUUCCCCCCAGUGAAGACCGCUCCUUGCUCUCCUUUCAUCAGACCAUCACUAUUUCCUCUCGAAAGUCCACAAGGAGACAGACCACCGUGACGGGAAGCUACUAACAGCACCCUGACACCCAGCAGGCAUUAAAGGCAGAGAGACGUUGGCUACUGCAGAUGGCCUUCCUUUGGCUAACAUGGGGUUCUGCUGUGGUAGUGCUCCUUGUUCACGUGACUCCCGUCAUCAUGGAGUCAGCAUGUGAUGCCUAUAGAGGUCACCCUGGGGUUCCUGGGAUACCAGGCACCCAUGGGGCAAAUGGCAACAAUGGUCCCAAGGGACAGAAGGGUGAUGCUGGUGAGUCAGGACGGCCUGUGAAGGGCUCCAAAGGUGAAUCAGGUCCCAAGGGCCCCCCUGGACGGCCCGGUCUAAAGGGAGAAAUGGGCAUACCAGGGCUCACAGGUGCUCUGGGACCCCCAGGAAUUAAAGGAGCCCCUUCCAGCGUCAUCGUCGAGCAGAAAUCCUUCUUCUCCUACAAACGGACGGAUAUUCAGCAGCCAGCGAAAAACAGAGCAAUUACCUUCGACACGGCUGUGUUGCCUGACCUGGACUCCAACUUGGCGGGAGAUCAGCUCACAAAUGGGAUUUUCCACUGUUCGACCAAAGGAGUCUAUUUCUUUACCUACCACAUAUCAGCUAAGACCCUAGUGUGUCUGCAGUUGAUGAAGGGGACAGAGGCUCAAAUAAGCUUCUGUGAUACAUCAGAGUCCUUCCUGGUCACGUCAGGCUCUGUACUUCUGGAGCUUAACGUGGGAGAUCAGGUCUCGCUGCAAGCCUCUGAAACCGGCCUAAUCGCCCUGCAUAACUACGCUGACAACAUCUUCACCGGCUUCCUGCUUUUCCCCACCAAAUAGAGAGGCUGGUCAGACCAGACUCCAUUUAUUGCCAAAGAAAUAACCGCCAGUCAGAUGAGAUGAUGAAAUGAAUGUCUGGGAAAGUGGCCCAUCCUAAAACUGAGGGGUCAGUGGUCUACUUCCUCUGAAAUGGAUGGACUUCAACUGGAAAUGCAUUUAAGAUAUUUCAAAGUUUAAAGUUUGAUCAAGGUGUGAGAUGCUGGGGAGGGGGGGGGGGGUCU